GCAAUUGUGAAGUCGCUGGCCAGCAAGUGGAGGGAAGACUGCAAGACGGAGAUAAAAAAGAGAACAGAGAGAGAGGCAGCAGGACUUUUGUCUUGGGGACUCAGAAACCCACGGUACCCUAGGAAAACCAAAUCCCCUGGAAGCCCGCAGAGACAUAGAAAUAGCAAGAGAAAAAAAUAAAUACACUCAACUUCAGGAAUCUCCUCUCCCUCUCUCUCCCUCUCUCUCUCUCUCUCCCCCUCCCCGCCUCUCUCUGCCUGCCCUAGUCCUCUAGUCCCCAAACUCCCAGUACCUUGUGCUCCUUCUGAGGAUACCAUGUUGUUCUUCAGCCUCCUGCUAGAGGUGCUUUGGAUCCUGGCUGCAGACGGGGGUCAACACUGGACCUAUGAGGGUGAGAGCAGAACCCAAGACCUACGACACCCCUUGCACACUGGGACCUCUUCACCUGGCAGAAAGACUGUUGCCGUGUCCACAUGGUCAAGACCAUUGGCCAGCCUCUUACCCUGAGUGUGGAAGCAAUGCCCAGUCCCCCAUAAAUAUCCAGACGGACAGUGUGACUUUUGAUCCUGAAUUGCCUGCUCUGCAGCCCCACGGAUAUGACGAGCCUGGCACUGAGCCUUUGGACAUGCACAAUAAUGGUCACACAGUGCAACUCUCUCUGCCUCCUGCCCUGUACCUGGAAGGACUUCCUCAAAAAUAUGUAGCUGCCCAGCUCCAUCUGCACUGGGGUCAGAAAGGAGCCCCGGGGGGGUCAGAGCACCAGAUCAACAGCAAAGCCACAGCUGCAGAGCUCCACAUCGUACAUUAUGAUUCUGACUCCUAUGAUAGCUUGAGUGAAGCUGCUCAGAGACCUCAGGGCCUGGCUGUCUUGGGCAUCCUCAUUGAGGUGGGCGAGACUAAGAAUCCAGCUUAUGAACACAUUCUGGGUCACCUGCAUGAAAUUAGGCAUAAAGAUGAGAAGACCUCCGUGCCUCCCUUCAACGUGGGAGAGCUGCUUCCCCCUCAGCUGGGGCAGUUCUUCCGUUACAAUGGCUCGCUUACCACACCCCCCUGCUACCAGAGCGUGCUCUGGACAGUCUUCAAUCAAAGGGCCCAGAUUUCAAUGGAACAGCUGGAAAAGCUUCAGGAGACACUGUUCUCCACAGAAGGAGAGCCCCCUGAGCUCCUGGUACAGAACUACCGAGCCCCCCAGCCUCUCAAUCAGCGAACAGUCUUUGCCUCUUUCAUCCAAGGAUUCUUGUAUACCACAGGAGAAAUGCUGAGUCUAGGAGUGGGAAUCAUGGUUGGCUGUCUCUGCCUUCUGCUGGCUGUUUAUUUCAUUGCUAGAAAGAUUCGGAAGAAGAGGAUGGGAAGCCGGAAAAGUGUGGUCUUCACCUCAGCACGAGCCACCGAGGCAUAGACUCCCUCUUGGACAUCAUGGAUGCCUUCCCGUCAUGCCUAUGAGGGAGCUUCUAAAAUAGGGUACACAGAUUGGCCAGAAAAUACUAUAGGAGCUGUAGGGUGACACCCCUCCUUCCUCUGAACAGCCCCUACAGAGAGGCAUGGACAGGCCCUCAUUUAAGGAAGAACAGCAGAGCCUCCAGCCUCUCAAAACAUAUAGAAGGAGAUCAGACAAUCCCUAAGUUGACAAAGCAGAGAGCAAGUUAAAUUCUACAGGAAGUUGGGGAUGUACCCCAAAGUCCCCCACCCCCUCACCUUUAUGUCCCUUCCCCUAGAUAUAGUGCAGGAUCUCCUCUUAGAAAAAAAGGCUGCUGUUGUUGGGGUUCUAUUUUUUUGCUCAAUAUAUUUGGAAAUUAAAGUGUCUGACCUCACCUCUGGCCUUAUCUUUGGGGCUCCUGAGAUUAGGAGAGUUCCUUAACCCUUAGGUGGCAGAAGCGGGCAAAGGAUAGCGAAAAAGCAGCAGGGAUGAAUAACUCCUGGUACCCAAUUCCUGGAAGGGGAGAUCCACUUUUGGAAAAUGCUUAACCCAUAGUUUCUAACAUGUUAGACCACCAGCCCAGAUUUCUGCCCUUGCU